AUGCUCGAUGAGAUGACCGUUGGCAUUCCUUUCGCAAAUGUUUUCAAUCUGCUGGUCCCACAUGCCAAGGAUGCGUCAUCAAUAGGUGAUUUGAGGAAUUCCAAGACUGAAACGAAGAACGAAGCCUUCGGCCUAAGCCUUAGCGUCGGUCCUUUCGCUCCGGUCUUCGGUCCUCGUUUCAGUCUUGUGAUUGUGUUUGAUUCCAAAGAAGGCACAGAAGGACCAGGCGAAAAAAAAAAACGCCUGCACUAUAUGGGACCGAUUCUGGCAGUAGACCAGCUAGAGGCAUGGCACAAUCACUUUCAAAUCCCCUCACUAAUGCCAGUGUUGCCUGGAAAGACUGUCGGGGGAACAGUUCCCACUGAAGCUCAUUGA